CUCCUCCUCCUCCACGCUGCUGCUUUCAGGAAGCGGAAGCAGGAAUGUUGGAGUGUUUUCACCAAAGUUUGGACAAAGUUUGACAGUUUGGCAGCAGCGACACAAACUGCGGAGAAACAUGACGAUGUGCUACCUGUUGCUGAUGUUGCUGUAGAGUUGUCAGUCUUCUUUGACUGACUGGCCCCAAACAGACACACAGACAGGCAGAUAUGGAGAGUGGAGGUGUAGGAAUCGACACCAGCACGGCUCCAGAUCUCGGAGGGCAGUCGGAACGCAUAGCCUGUCUGCGGCGUCGGGCCUGGGCCAAGAGCAGAGACUCUAUCUGGCAAGAACCAGAACCAGAGCACUGUGGCCCCCAGAGUCCUCAACAGAACCAGAGGGACAUGGAAGCAGAGAGCCCUGCUGGAGAACCAGGUCAAGUUCCUAACAAGAUAACCAGCUGGCUGAUUGAAUGCAGGACUCCCAUCGGAGCCUCUCUAGAUGAUCAGAGUGCUUCUCCCAGCAAAGGAGGGCUGAGGAACGGCUGCAGCUUUGAAGAUGACCUUUCGCUGGGAGCUGAAGCGAACCAUCUUCACUCCAAGAAUAAAACUGAAUCCUGUUUUGGUCUUCCUGCGGAUCAGAAGAGGAGUCGGUAUAAAGAAAGAGGAAGAAGUAUGAACUCCACAGGAUCAGGGAAGAGCAGCACUGUGUCCAGUGUGUCAGAGCUGCUGGACCUGUACGAGGAGGACCCUGAGGAAGUCCUCUUAAAUCUUGGUUUUGGUCGAGAAGAACCUGACCUAGCCUCGAAGGUUCCCUCCAGAUUCAUCAACAGCGCUUCCUCGGCCCGAGGCAUCGACAUCAAGGUCUACCUGGGAGCUCAGAUGCAACGUAUGGAACUGGAGAACCCCAACUACGCCCUGACUAGUCGUUUCCGUCAGAUUGAGGUCUUGACAACAGUAGCUAACGAGUUCUUCCAGCUCUACAGUCAAGUUUCUGGUCAACCUGUCCAACGCAUCAGCUCCAAGGACCAAGUUUGUCCCUCAGGAGGUGAAGUAGGAGAAGCAGGGGGUGGUGAGCCUCCUCCUCUAAAGAAGAGCAACUCGGCUCUGAACGUUGCCAAACUUCUUAAGAAAUCCAUCAGCAAACACAACCUAAAUGCGGCGGCUGCUGAGUCGCCUCAAGCACACACGCCUAACCAACCCACACAUCCGAAUGUACACGCACCCUCUGAUUACACAAACACCAACGGUCACGUACACACCAGCCCAGAGCCGAACGGAUGCAAUACUGACCCCGACCAGGUGGAGACAGUCAGCCAGAAACACAACCGCAAGAAAGACAGCUGUUCCCUGGCAACGGUUACCGAGGAAACCAACGGGGAUGGAGAGACAGAUGACAGUGCUGAACAGUGCAGCACCGGACCAACUGCCAAUGAAGAGCAUCAGCCGGCAUCUACUGACUUUCAGUCAACCAAUCAGAAAACAAAGGAGGGAACCCAGGUGGUUAAAGAGGAGGAGAAGAACCUGACCUCAACCCCAGAGAAAACUCCUCCCAUCCUGGCCCCGCCCCAGCUGGCCCAACUUCGCACCGAAAACACAGACUCUUUCGACAUGGAGGAGAUUCAAGACGAGGCUCUGCCACACAGAACUUCCGGACCAUCAGACCUGUUGAGGACGGUCAGUCAGCAGUCAGACAGCAGCGGUUUUGCUGAGGAGCCCUCCGCUGACUCCAACAGCUCUCUCAAGGUGCAGGAGAGUAGUGACAGCUGUGACAGCGAGACCACUGUGACAUCACACCCUUCACAAGAUAUGGGCACGCCCCUUGCAGUGGACCAACCAGCGUUUGUUCUGCCAGAAGUCGCAGAGAAAGAGGCGGAGUCUAGUGCUGCUGCUGAGGGUGAUGAGGAGAGUAGUCCCAAGGAAGAGAAGGAGCAUGAUGGGAGCUUGGAGCAGAUUCCACAGUAUAUUGGCCACCAGUUCCUCUUUAACAAACCAAUGGAAAUGCAGCAGGAUGAGGAGCAAGUUGAGAGUGGGGACCAGGCUGAUCCUGAUCCUGAACCAGAACCAGAACUCAGAGAGAUUACCCAGAGUAUGUCUGCUGUGGAACAAAAACCACAACCAGAAUUAGAACACAUGGAGAAUCAAUCUACUUCAAAACAAGACACUUCGAUACAGACUGAAACCACCUCUGACACGGAGCCACCAACAGAUGGCGUGGAUGCUGAGGAUGUGGCCCAAGAAGAGAAGGUAUUCUUGGAUUAUUCUGGUUUAAUUCGUCCCCCUGUUGCAUCCUCUCCGGUUCUUGAUGCUCUGAAACGAGCCAAACAGAACCAGAUGGGCCGAGCAGGCCAGUGGGAUGACCCCCAGUCAGGCAGUACAUCCCCAGUCCCAGGGAGAGGACGAGGGCGAGGACAAGGACGAGGACGAGGGCGAGGCGACAUCCCCCUGCAGAGGUCCUCCUCACUGCCCUCCUCAUACCUCUCACCCUCUAGGGUCGUGUCCUCUGUCAGGAUCCAGUUUGGACAAGGCCAGACGUCCUGCACUCAGCCCAGAUACUCCUUCAAAUACAGCCAGCAGGCUGAAGGGGACAAGGGAGAACAAGAGAAGGAGGAGGAGGAAGAAGAAGGACAAACCAACUGUCUGUCUACUCUUAUCAUAAACCCUGCCUCCUCGUCUAACUCUAACAAACAACCAAGGCUUCUCACAGAAGCUACACCUAAACCCAUCCCACGCUACCUGAUGCAGUCAUCCCAUUCUCUGAGGAGCUCUAGCCCUCCUCCUGAUUGGUCACCUGGAGGCCAUGCCCACCCCUGGAUCACCCAGAGUGUACCCGAUCUCUCCUCCAGUGCGCAGCAGCCAGGCCACUUCGACCAAAAGAUGAACGCCAAUAAGAACCAGCAAAGUUGGAAACCGGGGCAGAUGAUGUACCCUUGUCCUAACCCUAACCCUUACCCUACAGCUCAGUACCCCAGCCCCAGCCCCAAUCCUAGUCCUGGCCCUAACCCCAACCCAUACCCCUACACUCCGAACCCUCAUCCACAGUAUCCCUCUUCUCUCCAGCCAUACACCAGUCUUCCUAACCUCCUCCACCUUCACAAUCCCUCCAUGAUUCACGAUUCUAGUCUCACCAGUCUCCACCAGCCUACAACUACCACAAUCCCCCAACACAGCAACCUCUCCAACUUGUAUCAGCACUCAACUUCCUCUGCUCCUCACCAUGCCAAUCUGGGAAACCUGCACCCAGGAACUCCAGUUAUGCACCACCAGGUCUACAACCAUCAAUACAGUCAUCACUCACCUUAUCAUGCUGCUCCUCAUGGCUCACCUUACCUCAGUUAUCAUGGGUACAACCUGAACCCACACCUUCCGUUCCCAUACCCCGUCACCCAGUAUCUACCAGAACACAGCCUCCACCCAGGGCUUACUCCACCUGCUCCAGGCUUCCUCCCAGGCAUGGCCUCAACCCUUGGCCCUGAUCACAGCCUCCACCCAAGUUACAGCUUCCAAUCGGGGCUCACUCCUCCUGCUCCAGGCUUCCUCCCAGGCAUGCCCUCAACCCUUGGCCCUGGUCACAGCCCCUACCAGAGGCCCACUCCUCCUGCUCCAUCCAGCACUGAGAUGCAGCUGAGGAAAGUUCUGCAUGACAUCAGAGGAACCGUGAAGAGUCUUAGUCAGAGCCGAGCUGACACUCCGGACGCCGUCAGUGAGCCCAGAGCAGCUAUGCCCAGCGACCAGUCUCUGGCAGAGUUUCAGCAGAAGAGGCGAAGUCUGAACUUGUUCCGCAGUCAGAUGAUGGACCUGGAGUUGUCUAUCAUCCACCAGCAGGCUCUGGUCUACAAACACCUGAGCCCUGCUGACAGGCUGGAGUUGGAGCAACUUCAGUCUCUGAGGUCAUCAGUCAGAGAGGAGCUGCGGGAGCUGGAACAACAGCUGGAAGACAGACUGAUAGAGCUGACACAUCACACACAACACCGGGGUCUCCAUCGAGACAACAGUUUCGACAGUCUGUCUACUGCCUCUGCACUGAGAGCCAUGGAGCCGGUGUCUGACCUUCUCAGAGAGCAGCUCCUCCUCCAAUCAGAGAUCAGCUACAGUGGUCACGCCCCCUCCACCAAUCCUUCCUCCCGAUCCUCCAGUCCAGUCAGAGGAGGAGACCGUGAGCAGAGUGGAGGAGUAUACCGGACAUCGAUUAACAUAACCCCCAUUCCCCCGCGUCGACCCAACACGCAUGCUGAGGAAGAGGAACGAGAGGAAGAGGAACAAGAGAGGGAUGAUGGAGGAGGAGGAGGAGGAGGAGGAAUACCAGAGGAGGAGGGAGCAUCAGGAGGAGUCAGAGUGGAGAACCUGCAGCAGCUGAUCAGAGAGAUUCGAGCCAGCGUGGCGCAGGAGGUCCGACGGGAGAUCUACGGUGAGCUGCUGGCUACCAUGUCACCAGGGCAACCCUCGCUGCCCGCAAGGCAACAACCCUUGUAGUCAUGGAAACAGCAGAGCACUACCCCCUUUCACCGUCAGCCUUAGUAACCACAGCCUAAGCAGCAACACUGUCUGUCUGCAACACUGUAUAGCUGAGUAACACUGUACUGUCUGUAACACUGAUGAUGGCAUGAACGCAUCGCCUACAUGUGAUAAACCUCGUCCACCACACCUGCGGACCGCCCUGCUGUUAACGAGUGGAGAGGUGGAGGGCGGAGCCUCACACAGGACACACAACAUGACGAAGAUGUUUACGCGCCUGUGGUUAGUUCUAGUAUGCUGGUGUGAUGCAUGCUGGGAACGGCAGUCCCUGUGAACCAUCAGCGACGAUGUGUUGUCUCACAUCUUCCUGUUUCUAACAAAGCUAAAUCUACUACCACUGCCACUAAUACUACUGGUACUACAUCCAGUACAGCAAACAGGACUCUACCAGUAUCACCACUACUAGUGAUCAGAUCAGUAGCAUGAGUCAUGUCCUAAUGAGAACAACAGUAAUAAAUGAUAAGUAUUCAUGAUCAGGGUUAAAUGGUGUCAGUACAAACUGUUCAGAACUACAAACGUAGAGAAAAUAACAUAUUUCCUCACUUCCUAUUUUUUAGUUCCAGGUCUGUCAGAUUUCUGCCAACACCCCAAGUAAGGAAUGGUUUGAAGUUUUCAUUCCUGGUCGAUUUGGCAUUCUUUAAAACUGGUGCUAUUGUUGACAAAUCCAUUGCAUUUCCUGUGACUGAUUCACAAUAAAAGCACCUGGUGUUUUGCCAGGUGAACGCUUUUAAUGUGAAAAGCAGCAGUAGGAAAUGUUGCGUUAGGAGUAACUUAAUCCAGCACCGGUUCCACUAUAGGAGGGUAAACUGUAAACAGACAAUGUGUGUAUUGGUAGGUCAUUUGAAUCUCGCACAAUAAUGGCGGACCCCGCCAUUAACAAUAAAUACUGCCAUGUAGAAAGGUAAUCACAGAAUGUAAUGUGCAGAAACAUGCUGAUCUCAUCAGCUUCCUCUAAAAAUACUGUAAAUGAUGCCUUAAUAUUUUAAUAUUUGCUCUCAUACCUUAUAUGAAGGGCUUAUAUUCUUUGAUCUUCUGUCUGCAGAGGGUCAAACAGCUUUGACUGCUUAGAGUUACUCAUUCCAUGCACAUUUCACCUUCAUGUACGAGGUUUAAAGAAGCCUGUGAGGUAUAUAAUUAAGGGAUUAUGAUCUUACAGCCUCCUUCAUGAUCAUGAUCAUCAUCAUUAUCAUCAUCGUACUUCCUCUCACCUCUUUCACAGUUGUUUCUGUGUUUUUUCUACGAUGUGACCCUGCCCCCUACUGGUCAGUUCACCAGCCUUCGUGGUUGAAAGUCUCGACUCCAUACAAACUUGUCAAAUGUCUGUUACUACAGUAUGGGUACAGUAAGCAGGCCUGUAGGACAAGGCUUUAAGAGGCUGCAUGCAGGUGCUGUUCAACGAGUAGCUCCAACACUAAUCGCUAAAACCAAAAUGUUUCUUUAAUAUUUUUAUUUCUACACCUGCUUAAUAAACAAGAUGCACAAGUUAGACAGCUUCUGACUACUAGGGUCGGUUGUUUUCUGUCUUGAUUGAGGUAGGCUAGCAGUUUCCCUUUGGCUCCAGUGUUUGUGCUAAGCUAGGCUAAACGCAACCUGAAUGAAAUGAGACUGUUCCUUUAACACUGUGUGUGUGUGUGUGUGUGUGUGUGUGUGUGUGUGUGUGUGUGUGUGUGUGUGUACUGGUUGUUUCUGAGCAGGUGAUGAGGUCAGUGUGUGAUGUCAUUAGGUACGGUGGAGAUCAGAGGUUACUCUGUGGCAGCAGGUUUCAGUAAGUUGUCAUAGCGACGAUGAUGAUGAUGAUGAUGAUGACGUGAUGAUGGUUCAGAAGGAGGAGCUUAGCUAUUAUGGGUCAUUGGGUGGUGUUGCCAAAACGUUAGCUUGCAUUAGCAUGUUAGCUUAGCUCACACUGUCUGAUGACAAUGAUGUGAACAUUACUGAGACUAUUGAUAAUGAAUCAAUGAUCACUGUUAACCACUUCAGCAUAAACCAUCUGAUACUAAUUCAUCCUCCUCUUCACACUUAAUCCGACCUGAUCGAUCACUAAACAAUAAUUACUAAUCACCUAAUGUUGAACACAUGUUGUCUUUACCACUAAAGUCUGGGUGUAGUGUCUGAGUGGUCCCUCAUGGGAUAUACUGCCAGUUAUUGUGAAUCACUUGGCACACACCAUAGCUGAGUGUGAUUGGCUGCAAGACCUGUCAAUCAAGACAAACUCCUAAAUACCUCUUUUUUUUAUAUAUAUAUCUUCUUCCUAGUCCAUCCAUCCAUCCAUUUUCUAUAAACACUUAUCAGACCCUAUCAGAGAGGGGCUGGAGCCAUUCUUUACAGAUCAACAAUUCUGAAAAUUUCCACACAAACCCUCAUUAGAAUCAAAUUAUUAUCUACUGAAAGCUGAACUUUUUUUUUUUUUUUAGAAAAGAUGUAUUGACUUUAUGUUUUUCGGAUGUUCAUUCUUGGUCUUUGGGAAGAGUUGUUUAAAGGUUCACUUAUCAAUGAUUCUGAGUCUUUAUUCAACUCCUGGAGCUGGCUCAGGUGUCAUCAUGUGACCUAAAUGUGAACUUUCAUUCAUGUGAUUGCUUCUUAAUCCUCUGUCAAUCUUAUGGACCAUUUAUUGACUUUAUGUUUGUAGAAACUUUAUUUUUCAUGUUCACUGAUCACAAACUCUGCUCUGCUGGACCAACACUCAACACUCAAUUUUAAUUUUUUUUUAUUUGUUUAAUUGCUCAAGAAUGCUUCACACACUUCUAAUUCCACGUCACUGCCUGAAUGUUGGUGUCUAUUAAUUUCUAUUGAUGUCUAUUAAUGAGAAAGUGUAUUUUUUAUUGAUGUCUUGUCAGUGGGAUGCAGGGGAGGGAUCACUCUGUAGAUGAGAUGAGAAUAAUAAAGAAGUAUUUAUUUUCAGUACACAUGA